UUAAUCACCUCUGGGUUUUUUUUAUUUUUUCUUAAACCACAAACCACUAAAAAUUUUGAAAAAAAAAAGAUUUUCUUAGUUUGUUAUAAAAUUUUGUAAAUAAAUGAUUUUUCUCCUUCACUGAUGUGCGCUAAUGAGGCUGCAGUGAUGGGCACUGAUAGGCUGCACUGAUGAACACUGAUGGGUGGCACUGAUGAGGCACUGAUGGGCACUGAUAUGUGGCACUGAUGGGCACUGGCACG